AUGGAUCUAGGUACUUUACUAUCGAUGGUCGGCAGUCUAGGUCAGUAUGGAAAGACUAUGUUCCGUUACAAAGGGUUGCCUCUACCAAUAACGAUCGACUCGAAACUUAUGGACAAAAUAGAAAAUUUCACUACCCGGAGUGAUGACGUAUUUAUUGUCGGCUUUCCAAAAUCGGGUACUACUUGGUUGCAGAUAGCGCUAUCUAAGAUGUACAAUAACUGGGGAACGUGUAAGCGAAGCAAAAAAGGGCGCGUUCCUCUGUUAGACUCGCCGUCUCUACCCGGUGUUGAAGGCUUCGACAAGUGCCUGAAAGCAGCCUCACCUCGUCUCAUCAAGAGUCACUUACCGUUUGACUAUUUUCCCAAGCAUGCUAAAUCGGACGACAAGGAGAAGAGAUGUAAAGUCAUUUACGUGACUCGCAACCCUAAAGAUAGUUGUGUCUCUCUUUUUCACAUGAUCUGCGGUUACCAGGUUCUGCAGUCGGACGACCGUGCGUGGAACAAAUUUACACGGGAUUUCAUCGAUGGGGAAGUGGUAUACGGAUCGUGGCUGGACCACGUGAUCAGCUGGAGGGAUAACCGAGACAGAGUUGACGUCAUGUUUGUUACCUACGAACAAAUGAAAGCAGACUUCCAGACCGUGCUCUCAACAGUAGCCGAAUUCAUAAACAGACCCGUAGACGACGAAACAAUCGAAAAGGUGACCGAAUCGUGCGAGUUCGAAGAACUUCGACAACAUGGUAAGGAUAAAGUUGCGAUACCGAAGGUAUUCUACGACUCAAAGAAGGCUCCCUUCUUCAGGAAGGGGAUCGUCGGUGACUGGAAAAAUCAUUUUACUCAGGAGCAGAACGACGCCUUUGAAGAGAGAAUCGAAAAGGUCCUGAAAAGCAAAGGCGUGCACCUUGUUUACGAAAUAUAG